ACAUCAUUAUCAUUUCGUUUGAAAUACCUUCCCUUUAUACAGCCAAGUCAUCUUGUAUUAAGAAACUACCAUGUCCGAAGGCCAUCACCACCACCAUCACGGCCACCGCCAUCACAAAGAAAAACCGGCUGGCGAGACUGACUACAAGAAGGAAGAGAAGCACCACAAGCAUAAGGAAAGUGUCGGAAAAUUAGGAGCCGUUGCUGCUGGCGCCUUCGCAUUGCAUGAGAAGCACAAGGCGAAGAAAGAUCCGGAACAUGCACACAGUCAUAAGAUAAAGGAGGAGAUUGCAGCCGCUGUUGCAGUUGGAGCCGGUGGAUAUGCACUUCACGAGCAUCAUAAAAAGAAAGAAGCAAAGAAGAAAUACUAAGAGGCUCAUGGAAAGAAACAUCACCAAUUCUUUGACUGAUAUUAGCUUAUGAAAA